GACCGUGGCGGCGGCGGGAGGCGCGAAAAGCGGCGAGGAGAGACUGAAGGAAAUGGAAGCCGAGAUGGCCUUGUUUGAGCAGGAAGUGCUUGGAGCUCCUGUCUCUCUGCCUCCUGUUGCCUCUGUGGUAGAAGCUGUGCCAGUUGCUCUAGCAGUACCAGCGGUAACUGCGGUGCCCCCUGUUCCUGUCAUCCGACCCAUCAUUGCUACUAACACUUAUCAACAGGUCCAGCAGAGUUUGGAAGCCCGAGCAGCAGCAGCUGCCACAGUAGUUGCUCCUAUUGUGGCUCCUCCCGUGCCAUUUGUAGGCCCAGCCGUUCCCCCGCAACGUCCUCCCAUUCUCCGACCGACCUUUGUGCCUCAUGUCUUACAGCGGGCAGGUGGCCCUCGGCCCAUGGCAAUGCGCCCAAUGCAUCACCAGCCCAUGGUAGGGCCUCCAAUGCCAGGCCCUCAGAGCCCCCCAAUGCUGAUGGGUCCACCAAUGCAGAGAGCACCUGGUCCACCCCUUGGGAACAUAGGACCAAUGCGGCCUGGUCCCCCAGUGGGGCCAGGCAUGCCUGUUGGCUCUUUGGCUCCACUGGUCCCCGUGCCUCGUCCGGUGGUGGCCCCUCCGAAAGUCAACCCCACAGUCAUCCAGGCGGCUCCUACGGUAUAUUCCUCUCCACCAGUGAAAAAACAAGAGGAGGAACAUCGAGAGCCUCUGCCACCUGUGGUGGAGGAGAAAGAACCAGCUGGGGCUGAGGAGCCCGUGAUAGGCCCAAGUAUGCCAGAAGCAGACCUGGCCCCAGUCGUGGAGUCUCGGCUACCAUCGCUACGUGGACAUGACCUGGCACCUAACCGGGGGAAGCGACCCCGAGGGGCUGAUGCUGGAUUUGUUCCCGUAGAGCCCAGUCUUCUUGAAUGGGACUCUGAUGACUUCCGGAUCUUCUGUGGGGACUUGGGCAACGAGGUGAACGAUGACAUCCUGGCCCGGGCUUUCAGUCGCUACCCGUCUUUCCUAAAGGCCAAAGUCAUCCGGGACAAGCGCACGGGCAAAACCAAAGGCUACGGCUUUGUCAGCUUCAAAGACCCCAACGACUAUGUCCGCGCUAUGCGAGAAAUGAAUGGAAAAUACGUGGGCAGCCGGCCCAUUAAACUGCGCAAGAGCAUGUGGAAAGACCGCAACAUCGACAUUGUGCGCAAGAAGCAGAAAGAGAAGAAGAAGCUGGGCCUCAGGUAAUGGGACAGCGGUCGCUGGGGCUGUGCUUCAACCAUCACCCAAAGCUGAGGACCUGGGCCUGCCGGAGAAGAUGCAGAUUGUGAGAACUUGGGCAGUGGAGAGGGGCUUGGGAUAGGACAGCCUGAGGCUCACAUGCAUGGAGGUGUUGUGUGUGCUUUGCACCCUAGUCCCCAGACUUAACUGGCUUUCCUGGUUUGAUAGUAAGCAAUCACAACUUGUAGAAUCUUCUGGUUGUAUUCUGAGGGGUGGAAAUAACUUUUGUGCUGAGUCAAUAAACUUAUGCUUCUCUUUCUUUUUUUUUACUACA